CAGUUACAGUAGAGCAGACAGCCCUCUGAGGACAGACAGUGGCAUUGCACUGGAGCUUCGAGCUUCUCUCUUCCUAUAAGGAAGUGAAAGAACAGCACUUCUUACAGGGUCGGUGUGUUUUUGUCGCCAUUUCAGUAUGUCCACUUUUUACUCAGCAGCUCCUGCCUAAUGAACUCAGAGCUCCAUAACUUUCAAGCUUCAGCUUUACUGAGAUUUUUCUCAAGAGCCAUUCUAGAUUUCAUUCUCACCAGCCUGAUACAUGGACCUGGCCAACUGCUCCCUGCCUCCUUUCAUAUCUGAUGACUGUCUGGAGCCCUGGAAGCUGAUUGGGUCUGGUGGAUUUGGAAAAAUCUAUAAGGCAAAACAUAAAAAAUGGGGGAUGGACGUUGCCAUCAAAUUAUUACACUCUACUGAUGGCUCCAACUCCUCUCUACUCCAAGAGGCAGACUUGAUGCGUCAUGGCGGCAACCCCAAUGUGCUGAGAAUUCUGGGCAUUUACAAAAGUCAAGAUCAAAAAGACAAGUCUGCCUUUCAGAUGGGUUUAGUCAUGGAAUACAUGGAGAGAGGAUCUCUGAUGGACCUCCAGCUGGCUUUGAAAGAAUGCCCACCCUGGCCACUUGCUUUCCGCAUUAUCAACCAGAUCGCUCUGGGAAUGAAUUUCCUCCACCAGUUGGAUCCACCUCUUCUGCACCUGGACCUGAAACCCAGCAAUGUGUUACUGGAUGACAGUCUAAAUGCCAAGCUCACAGAUUUUGGUCUGGCCAAAAUAUCUAAAAGUACCUCAAAAUCUAUUGAAGAGAAUGAUAGGGAUGCAGCUGGGACCACCAGCUACAUGCCCCCAGAAGCAUUUCAUUCCACUCAGUAUCUCCCUGACUUUGCUUGUGAUGUUUACAGCUACGGCAUAUUGGUGUGGUCAGUCAUCACGGGAAAGCAGCCGUACGUCGAUAACUUUUCUAGUUUAGUGCGGUUUCGUGUCCGUGAAGGUGACAGGCCUGAUACGAGCUGUAUAGAAAAAAGCCAGGCAGAUGGACUCAGCAGGAUAAUUGAUUUGAUGCAGAAAUGUUGGGACCAUAAUUCCAAAAUCAGACCCACAUUCAUAGAGUGUAUUGAGAUCACAAAUAACGUGUACGAGAUGCACAAACAACAUGUGCCUGAUGCCGUCCACACCAUUCUAAAAAAGCUGGACAAUAAAGACAAUUUGAGUUCCAGUUUUGCAUCACUCUCUAUAAACCCUCAAACAAAGAAUGGGCUGAAAAAGCAAAAUGAUUCUUCAGUGAAAACUUCCACACAGGAAAUGGGUCCUAAACCUACACCCACCGGAGCAGGUUCAUUUUCUCACUCAGGUUCUCCAAAAUUACCAGGAAUGUAUUAUAAGCCAGCAAGAGCUCCACCUGCCCAAUUUAGGCCACCAAAUGCACAGCGGCAAUUCUCAAUUCCAAGCAAUGUGAGCAUCUGCUUAUCCAAUGUCACAGGAGUACAGAUUGGUGACAACAACUUCAUGAAUGUACAAGGAACAAGACAGCGCCAGAGACACCCAACAGCACCCUCAGUCACACAGCCAUCUUCCAAACAUCAGCAGAAACCCCCCCAAUGACAAACCUUAAACUUUUCUGUUGGGAUUUUCUACUUCAUCCAGCAAGUAGCAAUUGUCCUUGAACACUUACAGAGCCAAAUAUACAUUUAGUUUUUUACUUAUUGCUCAUUUCCCCUUUUUAUUAGCCAUAAUUUCCUUUUUUUUUUUUUUUUUUACUCAAAACCUGUGUAGUCAUAUAUGAAAAUGCACAUUGCAAAAAGUUUUAGUAGGUGGAUGUUCCAUGUUCUGUUCGUUAUUAUAACUUUAUGAUUUAAAUUGGUCUUUAAUAUGUCCAAUGGAUUGGUAUCCAGGUAUAAGGUACUUUGUACUGCUAUAGUACUGUAUGGUACUGCUGCUAUGGCUUUGUAAAAUCUGCUGCUUUUGUACAUUUCAGUGAUUUAUCAAAUUAUACUGAAAUAUAAUACUUCUUUCCACUUCUCAUCUCUAUGCUGUAAACCCUUGUUUUGUAUUUCCAGUGUAAAGAGUAUUAAUGUUAUGGGGAAAUUAUCCAUGCCAUGGUGGUGUGAUACCACCAGUAAUGCCCCAAAAUUAAAGAUUUUUUUGUAUUAGAA